AUGUCGUUCAACGGCAACUUGAGCCCAAGCUCAAGAGCGUCGUCAGGCCGCGCCCGCGGCGAAUCACGGGGAAGACGGCGGCAGUUCUACGAGUCGAGCGGAAGUUCUACGGCCAGUGAGGAGUCGUUGAUUUUCCCGAUGGACCGGGAAAGACCAUUACCCCAUAACUCCCCGGCCGCAUCACUACACUCCCGUUCUCGCUCUCCCUCAGUAGAGGGUUUUUCGGCGUGUGUGUUAUAUCACGGAGCAUUGUCUGCCCGUCAAGUGCAGCAGCGAGAGAGGGCAUGUCAAACAUGCCGUUCCCAUUAUCCUUCGUCGAACUCAAACACCGACCGCGACCAUCGCACGAACGACGCAGGUGACGGCGGACUAGCUCGCGAGCCAUCCGAUGCGUUCGGAGAAGGAGAGGAGGAGGGGUAUAUCAGCGCCUCAGCGGGCGCUACCACUGCCCUUGGGAGCAGUAUGGGGCGUUUAUUUCCUAGAGCCCGUGAGGACGAUCUUCCGGCAGGGCUAGUGGAGUCAACGUUGCCUGACCCUCACUUUUACGUCGGCAGCCCUCCCCGUCCGCGCACACCCUGGGUGUAUCUUUCGAACUCAGGCUGGGAAUCUCCUGAGACCCACGAGGAGAGUACCGCUGCGUAUCAGCGCCCUGACGAAUCGCACGACGCGUCGUCCCGCUCGUCCUCGGCGCACCAGCGAUACUCUCCUCGCGGAAUGUGA